AUGAAAGCUUACAAACCCAUGGUUCAUCCAAUGGUAGGUCAAGACUUGUGGGCUAAAACAAAUUUGUCACCUUUGCGGCCACCUAAGUUUCAUAAACAGACAGGGAGGCCAAAGAAAACCAAGAUAAGCUCAGUCGGUGAACCAUCUCCAAGCUCUAAUCCUAAAGCUAAACAUUUGUCAAGGUAUAAUUUGGAAAUCAAGUGUUCCAUAUGUAAGCAACCAGGCCAUAAUAAGAGGAAAUGUCCAAGGCUAAAUGAAGCAGGGAGUAGCAGCCAGGUACCAUCACAAAGGCAAAAAAAGACAACAUAUCAAGCCAACACAUCCACUCGGAGAAUUACAAGACAAUCAAGGCAAAAACAACUAAUCAUAUCAAAGGCUAAAAAAAGGGCCAAUCAUCACCAAGCUUAUUCUCAGUCUAGCCAAGCUCCUCAACCAUCUCAAGCUUCUUCUCAGUCUAACCAAACUCCUCAACCAUCUCACCAAGCAGCUCAACCAUCUUACCAACCAGCUUAA